AUGGCGGCGGGCGAUUCAUCCCAGCUGGAUACUUGCGAUACUUUGUUGGAUCUCGAUCUCGGGCCCGAAGACUGCUUCUAUCGCCUUCGACGCGAAAGCCAUGACGAGACGAGAGUUGUUUAUGUUCACGUAACGGAUAUCAGCAUCUUACCAGAGGACGCAGUAACGUCAAACGAUGAGCUUAUCCGUGCACUGUCAAAACUUAGUGGAUGGUACGACAAAUGGACUACGUUCACAGUAUCAAGGCUCGGUGGAGAGGUCCAUUGCCGUCAGGAUCAUUUCAGAGCUCAUGCGAUACCUCGGGAGAAAGUUCUCAUAGGAUACCCACACUUUGAUAUUGUCAAACUUCGUGCUCUAUCUUACCCGAAAUCUAGAGUCACUUAUGUGGAUAUAGGGUCGCAGAAAUGUUACAUGAAGAUUGCAAGAUUCGAAUUCGAGAUUCCAUGGAUCAUGCAGGAAUUGGCGGCGUACCACUUACUAGCAAAAAGCAAUUCAACACUAGGAGCUGAGCUUUUGGGAUAUGUCUUUGAAGGAUCACAUCGAGUGAUCGGAUUCCUGAUAACAGCUUUACCUGGCCGACCAGCAUCUCCAGCGGACGUGGGGGCCUGUCAGAACGCAGUCCGACAACUGCACAGUCUUGGUAUCCUCCACGGGGAUCUGGUUCGGUACAACAUUCUGAUCACAGGGAAUGGGCCAAAGUUCAUUGAUUUUGAGAACUCAUCUAUCCGAUCAGACCAUGAGAACGACCGUUGGGAUGACAUGACGGCGCAAGAACUUGACAGCCUAGAAUCAACUCUUCUGGAUCCCUCUGACAAAGGUCGACCCUGGGAAAUAUCGAUCGCAAAUGUCCCUCCCUGA